GUGCAGGGUCUUUAAAAUUGAGAUACUGUGUCGAUGAUUUCUCUCUCUCUCUUCUCUCCCUUGAUAGAUCCUAAAUUUAAUUGCUAGCAAACUAUUAUAAAAAACUUGAAGAAAUAAAUCUGAAAAAACAUCAAAAAAUAUUCAGGAUGUGUCUAGUAGUGAAUGCUAUAAUUACUGGAUGGCUGUCUAUCGUAGGGGCUGUUUAUUGUACAUAUCCUCGAUUUAUUUAUUUUGCCGGUUCUGCUGGUUUAGCUUUAUGGGGAUGUGAAACUGUAGCAGAGAUGAUCUUAGCAAUAAAUCGUUGCAUAGAGCUCAGCUCUCGAACAUGGGCAGAAUUUCUUUUCCAUGGAAAACGAACUUAUAUAUGGAUGAUUGUUCCAACAAUUUAUGGACUUUGGUUUUUCAUUUUUGAAAUGCCCAUUCAUUUCAGUGGAAUUUUUGUUUCAUGGUUUUUUAAUCCGCAUGUUGGGUAUUUGGAUGAUUUUGGGAAGAAGUAUUAUAGCCAUUUACAUACAGUUCACAAUUAUUUUGUAAUCGUAAUGUUGAGUAGUACUUACUUUACUUUUGCUACAAUUCUGAGUUUGAAAACUAUGAAGCACAAAAUCAGUACAAGUGCACAAACUAGUCGAGCGCAGAAAAUGACUUUUGUCCAAGUUAUUCUGAUUAGUUCGAUUAAUGCAGUAGCAGCGGCUAUUUAUGUUUAUAUGCAAUUUGCCCGAAUAAGUGAAGUACUUAUUCUGACUGGGCAGUUUACUUGGAUGCUUGCGCAUGGUAAGCAUUGGGUAUUGAAAUUUGACUUUAUGAUGAUGACGUAA